CCUUCUUUCCAGAGUAUUCCGAGAGUGGGGGCCUGCGCCGCACUGCCUCAGCCCUCCCCUCCUUUCGCAAUACCUAAAACCCCUUAAACCCUGCCUACAACGGAUCCCCGCUCGAUCGCAUUAAACCCGCCUCUCUCCGCUAUUGUUCGCAACGGAUUGUCGCUCUGCUCUCUGUUCCAGUUUCCGGACUGUUAACUUGACUCCUGAGAGCGAGAGAGAGCUGACCCUUGACAACUCUGCUCUCGGAGAUUUGCCGCGGAGAUCAACCUCCAGUUCUCAACUUCCGCUCUCACUAUGACUUUCUGGGGUGUGGAAAUCCAGCCUGAGAAGCCGUACCUUCAUGAAGACGAGGAUGGCAUGACCAAGCUCCACCUCUCCCAGGCAACCUUGGGACUUAACUGCAAGGACAAGCAGAGAACUGUCGUGAAAUGCAAAGUAGGAGAUAACCCUGAGCUUUUGUUGUGCUCCUUGGUUCCUGGUGUCCAAGAGUCUUGCCCACUCGAUCUCUUGUUUGAUCAAGAAGUAACCUUCACCGUGUCCGGAGCGGGUAGUGUUCAUCUCACUGGAUACUACAUGCCCUUGGAAUUUGACUCUGAAGAUGAGGAUGACUAUGACUCCGAGGAUGAAGAUGGUAUCGAGUUCAGCGAAGGGGAGGGUGAUGAGGACAGUGAUGGACUUGAAGGAGUUCCCAGCUCAGUUAAAAUUGUUGAAGUUGAGGAUGCAGAAACUGUUGCCCCUGCCAAGAAAGGAGCUUUGGCAAUCACCAAUGGAGAACAAAACAACAAGAAGAGGAAGAAAGGAGAUGCAGCCUCCACUCCGGUGAAAAGUGAGGACACUGAAAUGGGUGAAGAAACUCCGAAGAAGCCCGCGGCUGGAGCGGAACCCACUACUGGCGCGGCUGCAACUACACCUGGUGGAACCCCCGCCUCCGAGGGAAAGAAAAAGAAGAAGAAAAAAAACAAGAAGGCUAAGACUGGGGAAGCCACACCCCAGGCCGCGGGAGAGAAACCCAAUGGAGAGGCAGCUAAGCCCGCUACCCCAGCAGCGAAGGCGGCAGAGAAGCCCGCCACUCCAGCAGCGAAAGCGGAAGAGAAGGACACGACCCCGAAGAAAGGGGCCACCACCGUCAAGAAGCACCCUAAUGGCCUAGAAGUUGAGCAACUAGCAAUUGGUAAACCAGAUGGCAAGAAGGCUGUGCCUGGGAAGAAGGUGGCAAUGAAAUAUAUUGGAAAGUUGAAAUCAAAUGGCAAGGUGUUUGAUUCCACCGUCGGCAAGAAGGCCUUUGAGUUCCGGUUGGGUGUUGGAGAGGUCAUUAAGGGUUGGGACGUUGGUGUUGAGGGGAUGAGGGUUGGUGACAAGAGAAGGCUUACCAUCCCACCACAGAUGGCGUACGGGGCGAAGGGUGUUCCUGGAACAAUCCCUGGUAACGCUUGGCUUACAUUUGAUGUCGAGCUUGUUAAUGUCAAGUGACAGAGCUCGCGUUGCAGAGGAUGAGUUGGGUGUUUUCAUAGAUCGGUCUUCCUUCCCUGCCCACCUGAUUAGGGGUUGAGAGUAAGAAGCAUGUCACUUUACGCUUGUUAGUUGAGCAUAGUGUGGUUUUAUCCCUGCCUGAGUUCUGAAGAGAUUUUUGUUCCCAUCUUCUGCGAGUAGAUUUAAUUCAGAUUUUGAUCAACAAUUUAGAGACAUCCGGUCAUCAUUAUUUGAAACCGAAAUGAAAUCGAAACUUUUUAUGUUCUGAUUUACCAAUUCCCUGGUAGAUUGUCUUCUAUUGAUAUUGUUGAAGCUUUCAUUUACUAA